UACCGGAAGUGUACUUCUCCCGGUCUUCCGGGUUGGAGUUCCUGCAGCUGAAGUUGUUUUGGAGGUGCGAUGGCUGAGGAUCCUGCGCUGUCUCUCCGGGUGUCGGAGAUCAAGGACCCGGCGGUUCUCUUCGAGCGCUACAACACCGAAGAGAUCCGCCAGAUCGAACGCAAAGUCCGCGGGGAGAUCGAACAGAAGAAGGAGGAGCUGAGGCAGAUGGUAGGGGAGCGCUACCGGGACCUGAUCGACGCCGCAGACACCAUCGGAGAGAUGAGGCAGUGCUCGGAGAGCGUCGUGCAGUCCAUCCAGGACAUGCACCAGUACUGCCACAGCCUGAAACAAGGCAAAGCCAGUGUGAGCAGCUGCGGACAGGAGAGCCAAAGGCAGUGGCAGGAGAAGUUCUACACUAUGGCCUCCCAGAUCAAGCUCCUCUUGGAGAUCCCAGAGCGUAUCUGGAGCGCCAUGGAGGCGUCCCAGUACCUCCAGGCCACCCAGCUCUACCUGCUGUGCUGCCACCUGCACAGUCUGCUGCAGCUGGAAGCUGCUACAGGGGGCCACUACAGCCCUGUCCUAGCACGUUUCCCCAUCCUUGUCCGGCAGGUAGCCACCACCGGACACUUCAGGUCCACCAUUCUGCUGGACAGCAGGUCUCUGCUGCGGGGCCGGGCGGUGUCAGACCAGGCCAUCGCUGAGGCCCUGGUGUCCACCAUGCUGCUGGAGGGCAGCUCACCACGCCAGGCCCUGGCUGACUUCUUGUUGGCCCGGAAGGCCUCCAUCCAUCAGCUGCUCAACCAGCCACAGCACGGUGCUGGGAUCAAGGCCCAGGUGUGCAGCCUGGUGGAGCUGCUGGUGACCACUCUGUUCCAGGCCUACGCUGUCUUCUACCUGCCCCCAGAGGGAGGCCCCAGACCAGGGGAGGGAGCCUUGAGCUGUGGCAUGCUCUUCUCUAUCUUGGAGAACGUCACCUCCACCACACCUGCAGCUAAAGGCAGCAGGAGGGUGUUACAGGAAGAGACGAGUACGGGCAGCUGGUUCAAGUACCUGCCUCCCUCCAUCACUGAGUUCCAGCCCGCCCUUCGCACCCUGGCUAAGCCAAUCCAGAGAGAGCAGCUCAGGGACACCCUGCAGCAGUGGAUCAAUACCUGUAAGGAGGACAUCUGUCGUGGGGUUGGCAGCCUUCUGGUCUAUGUGAAGAGCCUGAAGGGAUUGGCGGCCAUUAGAGACGCUGUGUGGGACCUCCUGUCCACAGACUCCAUCAGUCAGCACUGGAACACUGUGUGCCAGCGGCUGCUUGAGCGCCCCCUGGCUGUCUGGGAUGACUUCCUGCAGCAGCUCUUCCUUCAGCGCCUGCAGGCCAUCACCAAAGAUGAAACUGAAGCCAUCUCGACGAGCUCUGUCCAGCUCCUCACCUCGGCUGUGAGGGAUCUGGAGGGCCAGACCAUCCAUACUUCUACAAGUAUCAACCCUGGCUCUGGCCGUGGCGCCCAGUACGAAGUAGAUGUGGCCUCCUUCUUGUGGUCGGAGUCUCCGGGGGACCUGCUGAGCGAUGCAGGGUGGGUCAGUGUUACCCAACGGGGGCAGCAGCAGCAGAGGAGUGGUCUGGCCAUGAAGACCCAGGCCCUGACACCCUGCGUUCAGAACUUCUGCUCCUCCAUGGACGCCAAGCUAAAGGCCAGGCUUGAUGACCUGCAGCACUACCUUCCCUCUCAGGAUACUGGGUCUGACUCCAUCUCUGUCACACUGUCAUCCUCUGGACCUACCGAGGGUUCGUCAGCAUCCUCGUUCAACCGCUUCACAGACUCACCGGCAGUGGAGGAGGCUUUACGUGAAGGCUGCCUGGCCUGUGUUCGCCACAUCCUGUCCUCCAUCCGCUCUGAACUGGCUGCAGCCUCGCCAGACCCCAGCCCUGCCUGCCUCAGUUCGGUCCUUUUCAUGGCCAGACUGUGCCAGUCCAUGGGUGAACUCUGUCCCAACCUGAAGCAUUGCAUCCUGGGGAAACAGAUGGGGUGCGAGGCCACGGCCAAGGGGACCCCCAGACAGGGAAAGAAGCUGGGCAAAGCCAGGGCCGCUGCAGAGAUCAGCCCGGUGCAGGCCAAGUGGGCAGGUCUGAAGGAGGAACUUCUCAACUGCAGCAUGGAGGCCUACCGCAUCUGGAGCUCCGCCCUCUCCAAAGUGCUGCUGGUCAAGUUUGGCACAGCUCUUCAUGCUGAGUCUGCCGGUGACAUCCUAACAACAGCAACAAACUGGGAGGAUCUGGAGAUCCAAGAGGAGGCCGAGUCCGGGAGCAGCAUCACAUCCAAAAUCCGUCUUCCUGUCCAGCCGUCAUGGUUUGUCCAGUCGCUGCUGUUCCAGCUGUGUGUGGAGGUGAACAGGGUAGGAGGCCAUGCUCUGCCCCGGCCCACCCUGCAGGAGCUGCUGCAGACCUGCCUGGCUCAGGCCCUGCAACACUACCACAGCCUCACACAGCAGGCCCGCAGCAAGGAGGGUGUAUUCCCCAUGACUCAGAACAGAGCCUUGCAGUUGUUGUUUGACCUUCGUUACCUCAACACUACACUGGGCAGCAAAACGGAGGAAGGCAAGAGCUCCCGAUCCCACCAAGACCCCAGGAUCCAUGAGGUCUGUGAUUGGCUGGAGAGCUACAUCGACCCCUUUGACCUGGACGUGUUCACCCCGCCGCUGAACGCCAACCUCAACCGCCUGUCCCAGAGGACAUCGGUGCUGCUGGGGCUGCUGACAGGCUCAGAGAAGCAGUUUGCCUCAAGGAGCAGCAGUGUGAACUCCCAGGAGCCUUACAACAUCCUGCCGCUGACCAGCAGCCAGAUCAGGUUCGGGCUGCUGCCUCUCAGUAUGUCAAAUGUGCGUAAAUCCAAGUCAGCCAGCAGAGGCUCCGAUGCUCCUCACCAGCCGCGUUUUUGAGUGCGAGAAACCCAGGCAAGUUCAUCAGUGUGGGUUUAUAUUUGUGCGUGUGUGUGUGAGUGAGUGUUUGGAUGUAUUGUCAGUGGUGCUGCAGUUUACCUUUGGUGCAUUUGCAGUGUGAUAUUGCAUUAUUAAUUAAUGAAAUGAUUCUUGAGUUUGGAUGGGUUGAAACUAAGGAAUGUUGUUCUGCUGUGGUAACUAAUCUCCCACACUCUGCUUGGGCUCGUAAAGUAGCUCAGGAUCAGACUAUUGAUUGGAGAAUUUAAAUAGACAGUAGUGUGUGUGAGCCUGGGGCAUUCUUACCUGUAUGUGAGGACCAAUCCCAUCUUGAGAUUCACUCAUUACUACUAAAUCUUGAGUUAAAGUCAGCAGGAAAAAACAAAAGAAAAAUACGUUAAUUUCUAUGCAGCUCAAACUGGGAUUUGUCCGAAAUGAGCAAGUAGACUUCUUUACAACUUGAAGGAAUUCACCAGAUUUUAGUUAGAAUAUCACAUUUUAAGCUUCCCCUUUAAAGAAACACUCUUGACAUUUUGGAAAAUAGUCUUGUUUGCUGUCUUACCAACAGUCAGAAGUCACUUUGGGCUGAGCUAGCCUAGCAAAGUCUGCCUGAUGUCCCAUCUCUGGGCUGGGUACACAGAGAUAAAACUGAUGUAUGUUUAUUCUGACUCUGGGCAAGAUGGCAAGCUUCCAAAUAUUUCACUAUCCAAAAUUGUCAGAGUGUUCAGAGAUGAGUCCGUAGACACCAGAAUAAUCCAGGUUUCCUAUGAAUCAUUGGCUCAGGUGAUCCAUAUUAACGCUCACAGUAUAAAUCUGUCUGUCUGUUAGCUCCACUACUAUGUCUCUGCUUGGAAACAAUGAACGUCCUCAUUUUCUUUACAUUGACAUAAUGCUAAGGGUUAACCCCAACAAAACAUUUUGCAUGCUAAUGCGAUAGCCUUUUCUGUAGCCGUUAUUGAACAUCCUGCUCUAGAGACUAACAGCUUGAGUUAAUGCUAUAUGAAAUACUGAAGUGUUAGCAUGGAGCAUCAGAGCCAGGGAUCUACCAAGCCCUGAUCCAAGACUGUCACUCCUGAUGGUCAUCUCCUGGAACCCAGACUUCUUAAUCACUCAACAGCUCAUAAAACUUUCUUUUAAGGUAGAAAACAAUGAUAUCAGGCAAAUGUAAAGAAACAAAAAUCACAAAUUUGGUCAAAUGGUCUCUUCCAAUAACGUUAAUUUAACUGAAUAAACCAGACACUGUAAAAGAGGCCUGUUCUUGUUCAGAGCUAAUUAUGUUUUGGGGGUUUUUUUUUGUUACUUGGCAUCUGCCUGAUUUCGAAGAUUAACUACCAUCUGGUGAGGUUGUAUUUUCAAUAUUCUUCUGUAAUUAAUUUUGUGAGUCCUUGAGUGACUGAAAUGUCCAGAUUCUAGGAGAUGGCCAUCCAGGUCUGUGAUACAUGGUAUGAUGGUCCUGGAUCUACCAUGGUGUUGUAUUUUCUCAUCACUUAACAAUUGAGAUGACCAAUGGAACAAUCUACCAAAACCUCAACAGACAUGAUAUUGUGU